UUGCGAGAGGGCGACGACGCAGCGAAGGCGGCGGCGGCGGAGGCGCUGCGCAACCUCGCGUGGGACGACGCGAACAAGGUCCUGAUCGCUGAGGCCGGCGGUAUCCCGCCGCUCGUCGAUUUGCUGCGCGACGGGAGCGCGGAGGGCAAAGAGUGCGCCGCGGAGGCGCUGCGCAACCUCGCGUGGGACAACGCCAACAAGGUCCUGAUCGCUGAGGCCGGCGGUAUCCCGCCGCUCGUCGAGCUCCUGCGCGACGGGAGCACGGAGGCCAAAGCGGAGGCCGCGAAGGCGCUGAGCAGCCUCGCGCGCGGGGACGACGCCAAUUUGGUCCUGAUCGUCGAGGCCGGCGGCAUCGCGCCGCUCGUCGCGCUCCUGCGCGAUGGAAGCGCGGAGGCCAAAGAGGAGGCCGCGUCGGCGCUGCACAACCUCGCGAUCAACGAUGCCAACCGGGUCCUGAUCGCCGAGGCCGGCGGCAUCCCGCCGCUCGUCGACCUCGUGCGCGACGGGAGCGGGAGG